AUGUCUGUAUCACUGAGCUCUGUGACCAACCAACAACCGUCGGCGACGACAUCGACAUUGACCGAAGACUUGCAGGUGGAGGCCGAUCGGAGGUCUUUAAAUUUACCACCACUAUCCCUGUGCCCGAAUGACGAACAGUCUGUUGGAAGCUUGCAGGAGUGCGAGUUCCACAUCCAUAGCGAUUGCAACUAUUCAUCGAAAUCCAACGCAUACACGGUAUACCGACCGCGAGGCAAAAAAUUGUAUGUGCUAUCAGUGAGCUCCGUGACCAAAAACUGA